UCCUUGGACGUGGGCGGCAACAAGAUCGGGCCAACCGGCGCGACCGCGAUCGCCGAGGCGCUGCGCUUCAACGCGGUGCUGACCAACCUCAGGCUCGGCUACAACGACAUCCGCGACGAGGGUGCCGUCGCAAUCGCCGACGCCCUUCGCGUCAACGGGGUGCUGAAAUCCCUCAAUCUCCGACUGAACGACAUCCGCGACGAGGGGGCCGCUGCGAUCGCCGACGCGCUCGCCGUCAACGGGGUGCUGACCGAGCUCGACCUCUCCUACAACGACAUCGAAGACACGGGCGCCGAGGCGCUGGCCUCUGCUCUGCGCGUCAACGCGGUGCUCACCCACCUCGACCUCGGCAACAACAGGAUCCGUGACCAGGGCGCCGCUGCGAUCGCGGAGGCGCUGCGCGGCAACGGGCUGACCAACCUCGUGCUCACGAGGAACCACAUCGGCGACGAGGGCGCCGCUGCGCUGGCCUCCGCUCUUCGCGUCAACGAGGUGCUGAAAGCACUCUCCCUCGGCGAGAACCGCAUCCGCGACGAGGGUGCCAAGGCGAUCGGCCAGGCGCUGCGCGUCAACGGGGUGCUCACCCACCUCGACCUCGGCAACAACAGGAUCCGUCACCAGGGCGCCGCUGCGAUCGCGGAGGCACUGCGCGACAACGGGGUGCUGACCAACCUCAGCCUCUGGGGGAAUUACAUCGGCCCCGAGGGCGCGAAGGCGAUCGGCGGCGCUCUCGCAGUCAACGGGGUCUUGACCAGCCUAAACCUCGGCUACAACCAGAUCCGCGCCAAGGGCGCCGCUGCGAUCGCCGAGGCGCUGCGCGGCAACGGGGUGAUGACCGAGCUCAACGUCGCGUGGAACAGCAUCGGCCCUGCCGGCGCCGCUGCGAUCGCCGAGGCUCUGCGGGGCAAUGCGGUGCUGACCAACCUGCGGGGCAAUGCGGGGCUGACCAACCUCGUGCUCUGGGAAAACAACAUCGGCAACGAGGGCGCCAAGGCGCUAGCAGCCGCUCUUCGCGUCAACGGGGUGCUGAAAAGCAUCGACCUCAGGGCAAACAGCUUGGGUGAUGAGGGGCAGAAAGCAAUUUACGAUGCGGUGAGCGGGCGGGAAGGUUUCGAGCUCAGGAUGUGA